AUGAUGAAUACUUUGAGUCCUCGCAAAACUCCCGCGUCUGUACUCAACAAGCUGAAGAUGUCUCCUGGAGGGUUCUAUGCUGCAACGCCUAGGCUUGCUUAUCACACUGAAUAUUUUUCAGGUGGAAGGGAUGGUAACAUCCUCAUCACCAAGGGUCUGGACCAUGAUGAAGAAUUCAUCAUCCGCGGUGUAUUCCAAAUCAGCCGUGAUGAUUUCUGUUUCACACCGGAUGGCAACUUCAAUCCCGCAAAUGUCUUCCAUGGCCGCUUAGCAGACCUGAAGCUAAGCUGUCAGCUCAUUGCAGGUUGUAGCAAGGCCUUUGAAUUCUCGUCAGAUGAUUUCUCUGCUGUUGUUAGCAAUCUCAGUGCCUUCGAGAAAUCGGCUCCAAGGGAAAGAUCGCAUGAGACCUUCAGUGUUAUUCGGGACACUAUUGGCCGCCGAUCAAUCAAGCUCACUCACCGUCUCUUUGAAGCUAUUGACAGAGAUCAAGAUGAUAAUACUAGCAACGACAGCAGUAACAGCUCAACAAAUGCCAGCCAUCUGCAGGACAUCAUAUCCUCGCAUAAUAUUCGCCUGUUACCAGCAUAUGAUGAAAACCACAUUCUCAUCCCACCGCUCCAGUAUGAAGCGAAGCUCAGGGGUGCGCUUGUCGAAGUCCAUAUGGCUUUUUGCCACACAAAGAAAUCAAAGUGUGACAUCUUUGACGCUGUUCUACAAGAACUCAUUGUCCUAUUGCCACCUGCGCCCAUGUCAAGCAGCCCCUUCAAAUGUCGGCACCUCAAUGACAGGCCCUAUACUGAACAAUACAACAAAGGGAACUAA